GCCGGCACCCAGCUUUCUGAACUUUAGCGGAGUACGCAUUAUAUAAGGGAGGCAAGAGAAGGCUUAGAGAGGGUCCUCUGCCCCAAGCCGGAAUGUCUUCUCGUGCUCGAUGCCAGGGUUCUACUCGACUAAUUUGACUUGGGCAACGCCAUUUAGUAUCAAUCAGGUGAUUAUUAUAUUCUCAUAGAAAAUUGGAGAGGACGCUUACAUGCCGGUGUACAUACACUGAACUAGAUGUUGACCCGUCAAAUUGACGGCGUCAAUUGGGCAUCAGACCCCCUUAGGUCAGGUACUUGGUCGAAUCUCGUCCAUCGUUCUUGCCCAACAUGCUCCCACAUUAACAACGGGAGGGUGCACACCCCGCCCUUACGCACCAAAGCGGCCUCGCAGGCAGCUCUUUGCCUCUGUCGAGCGGGAAGGAGGAACCUAGGGCAACGUUGUAUUUAUCGGAACCACUGCGCACACCGGCUCGACUCCUCGUCCCUCCUACAAUCCACGAUCAAUGCACCGAAUCUUCAGUGUCAAUUUUCACCUCCAACUCAUCAGAGUGCAUCUAGACAAAUGCCUUAUAUUACCGGCCUACUUUAUCGGAGCAACGUCACCGGACAUUGUAUGUCGGUUGCAAUACUCUUCGUCCACCUUCGAUACAAUACCCGCUCGAUCGCGAAGACAAGAGAGGGUUGCAGAGUCCAGGAUGUUCACCCCACAGCCUCUCCCUGCAGGUGCUGACCGUAGGCGGCCUACGCGAAUGUUCUCGCGGACUUUUCAGCGGACGGCCCAUCUGGAAGGUCAACGGGAUCAACUACGAUGACGAUCCGGACGGCUACCAAAGGUCAGUCGACGCACCACGGGCUCCUUAAUAUGACGCUCGAUUGCGGAGACAAUGACUGAAUACCGCGGAAGGUCUUACCCUCUUUACAAG